CUGAUCACUGUGGUCCACUAUGCAAAUGCAGGCUCCCUGAAUCAGGCUGUGGGUGACUCACCAACCCCUUUAAAGCCACGAUGGCUUCAAGGCAGUGACUGCUCGGGGUGGAAGCCAUGGCUCCCAGACUCUGCUUCUCCUCCUGGCUAUGGGUCUGCUGGUUGGUGGUAACUGUGGCAGAAGGACAAGAAGAGGUGGCCACCCCCCCUGGAGACUCGCAGAACAAUGCAGACCCUACAGACUGCCAGAUCUUCACACUCACCCCGCCCCCCACCACAAGGAGCCCGGUGACAAGGAGCCAGCCCAUCCCAAGGACCCCCAGGCGUCCCUUCUAUUUUUUUCCGCCACGAAGGCCCAGAGUCUACAUUAGGUUCCCAUACACACCUUUCUUCCCUCCGACCUGCAACCACCGUUUUCAGUUCUAUCCGUUUGUUUGGCCACACGGUCGCCUUCCUCCUCAUUACAAUUAUUUCCCCGGAAGAAGAUUCUGGAGCGGGAGCUCCUCCGAGGAAAGCUGAGAGAAGACAGAAGCCCCAGACAUGCUGAUGUAAAAGAAGCCAAGGCCUCAGAAAAGACUAGAAACAGAUUUCAGCAUCUUAAACACCACUGACUAGAAAUUGUUUUCCUUCUCAGCAGUGAACAUGUCGGUUUAUAGGUUAUUUGUUUUGCAAAAGAGAAGCGACAAGGACAUUAUUCUUAUCCCCUACUUUUUAUGAUCACAGGAUAUUUAUGCAAGAAAAGUUCUAAAAAUCCAUACUGAGAUGCCAGAAGAAUCAACUGCCUCUUCCAAAUUAAAGAACAUUUAAAUAAAUUCAGAUUGUUAUAAAACAAUUGGAGACAUUACUGACACCCUUUUAUUGUCACUAGAAAAC